GAUUUGGUUUUGCUCCUCCAGGUCCCCUGUGCCCCCACCGCCUCUUAUUUCAGCUAUGUGUGAAGAAGAGACAACUGCUCUUGUUUGCGACAAUGGCUCUGGGCUGUGCAAGGCUGGCUUUGCCGGUGACGAUGCCCCCCGUGCAGUUUUCCCAUCCAUCGUGGGCCGCCCACGUCACCAGGGUGUGAUGGUGGGAAUGGGCCAGAAAGACAGCUAUGUAGGGGACGAGGCUCAAAGCAAGAGAGGAAUCCUUACUCUCAAAUACCCCAUUGAACAUGGCAUCAUCACCAACUGGGACGACAUGGAAAAGAUCUGGCACCAUUCUUUCUACAAUGAACUGCGAGUAGCUCCCGAGGAACACCCCACUCUUCUCACAGAGGCACCUCUGAACCCCAAGGCAAACCGAGAAAAGAUGACUCAGAUUAUGUUUGAAACCUUUAAUGUUCCUGCCAUGUAUGUUGCAAUCCAAGCAGUGCUGUCCCUUUAUGCAUCUGGCCGUACCACUGGUAUUGUUCUGGACUCUGGUGAUGGUGUCACUCACAACGUGCCCAUUUAUGAAGGCUAUGCCUUACCUCAUGCAAUCAUGCGUCUUGACCUGGCUGGCCGUGACCUUACAGAUUACCUCAUGAAGAUCCUUACAGAGAGGGGCUACUCUUUUGUCACCACUGCUGAACGAGAAAUUGUGCGUGACAUCAAGGAGAAACUGUGCUAUGUUGCUCUGGACUUUGAGAAUGAGAUGGCCACAGCUGCUUCCUCAUCCUCCCUAGAAAAGAGCUAUGAGCUCCCUGAUGGGCAAGUCAUCACCAUUGGUAAUGAGCGAUUCCGUUGCCCAGAAACCCUGUUCCAGCCAUCCUUUAUUGGCAUGGAAUCUGCUGGCAUUCAUGAGACAACCUACAAUUCCAUUAUGAAGUGUGACAUUGACAUCCGCAAAGACCUCUAUGCUAACAAUGUGCUUUCAGGAGGCACCACCAUGUACCCUGGUAUUGCAGACAGAAUGCAAAAGGAGAUCACAGCCUUAGCCCCCAGUACAAUGAAGAUAAAGAUCAUUGCCCCUCCUGAGCGCAAAUAUUCCGUCUGGAUUGGAGGCUCCAUCUUGGCUUCCCUUUCCACUUUCCAGCAGAUGUGGAUCAGCAAACCAGAAUACGAUGAAGCCGGUCCUUCAAUUGUGCACAGGAAGUGUUUCUAAAGACCACAGCUAGAUUAUUCAAGAGCAUGGAGCUUUCCUUAUUUUGCAAUUCUUUCUAACCUUCAAUAAGCAUUAAAACUUUUUCAAACCA